GUUGUGUUUCCUGCAGACAAUCGCUCAUCAUCGCUUCGGGUUGUGCGGGGGCCCACCAAGAGCGGAACUAUUCCAUUAUUGCAUCAUGUGGUAUUCUCCGUUGUGGAAACUUCCGCACUAAUGAGUUUGAGCUUUACAGAGACAAUCUUGUUUCGAUCGCCUAAAAUCGAGGAUGCCGUUGACUUAUGCCGCCGCUGUUUGGAGUCAAUCUGUUUCAAUGAUACUUCUCUGCAGCAUUCAGAUCGUUCGAAGGGUGUCAAGAAAUCUAUCCAGGAAUUAAUGGCAUGUUUACGGCAGUAUCCUUUGUAUCGGAUGAUCCACAUUGCUAUCGCAUGUGAUCGUUUGGAUUUGUUUACUGACUCUAAUAUCCAGUACAUGAACACCGAGUAUAAACCCUUCAAGAGACGAUUCAGCGAACAAAGAUACGGAGACGAUUGCUUUCUGUGUUAUACUGUACUGAACAGAUAA